AUGGCUGAAAGACUACAGAAACACAGAUUUCAAAACAUUUUCCUUCCACCCUCUUCUUCUGAUUUCUUGUGGAAAAAAAUGCAUGGGCUCUUCUUUGUCCUGGUGACAUGCACAGUAGGUGCCUCUGCUUUCAGACUCCAGCAAGUCAAAAACACAGAAAACUGCCCAGAUCACACCGUGUUUUUCAAACACUACUAUGAACUGCAUGGAGAACCUGUGGUUCUGAAAUGCCCUUCCCCCAGAUACAAACAUUUGGAUUUCUCUGCCUUGACCCCUAAUAUCACAUGGUAUAAAAAUGGUUCAAACACCAUGAUAUCAGGAAGAGAUGAAGAUUCGAGAAUCUGGGCAAAAGGAAACGCACUCUGGUUUUUACCAGUGAUGCUAGAAGACUCAGGAGUAUAUAUCUGCACAAGAAGGAACUCCUCCUACUGUGCUGAAGUCUCCAUCCACCUCACAGUUGUGGAGAAAACAGCUGCUCAGGAGAUUGCCUAUCCCCAGGUCCUCUUCACUUUCACCGCUGGAAAGAUUGUUUGUCCUGAUCUGUGGGAUUUUACACCAAAUAGGACAAGCCUGGAGCUCAAGUGGUACAAGGAUGCUCAGCCUUUGGAAGUGGACAAUGAAAGAUUCAUCAUUCUGAACGGUUCAGCAUCUCUGAUCAUGACAUCUGUGCUACCAACAGACGCGGGGUAUUACACCUGCCAGAUGUCAUUUCCAUUUGAAGGUGUGGCGUAUGAAAUCACCAGGACAAUUCAGCUGGAGACUGUUGAACAAGAGAAGAGAAUUACCCCGAUAAUUGUGUAUCCAGCCCAAAAGACAACAUCAGCUACUCUUGGGUCCAAGAUGACUCUCCCAUGCAAAGUGUUUGUUGGGCUGAGCAGCCAUUUCCAAACUGAUGUGGAAUGGCUGGCAAAUGACAGCAGCGUUGACGUGGUUUAUAAACAAAGCAGAGUUACAGAGGGGGAGCGACAAGAAAUUGUAGAAAAUGGUGAAAACUUCAUUGAAGUACCACUGAUUUUUGAUUCUGUUGAAGAAGUAGACUUUUACACAGACUUUACCUGCCUGGCCCAGAACAGAUAUGGGUACCAAGAACUGCCAACAAGGGUCAAGCAGGAAGCUGUUGGUCUGUCCUGGUACAUUGCAAUGAUUCCUGUUGCUCUGGCCUGUUUGAUCGUGGGAGGGAUAUGCAUGCACAAGUGCUGGAAGAGUAGAGCUGAUAAAGGAUAUACAAUACCAAAGAUUUAA